AUGGUCACUGAAUCUUUUUGGGCUAGGUUAUUCUCCUUGGGAUCUUCUUUUAACGCACUUGACCUCAACAAAGAUGUGUACACGUUUGGAAGAGGUGCCAAUUGUGAUGUCCAAUUUGAAGAAAAAAGCAAGCACUUUCAGGCAUACAGCAAAGUUCAUUUUCGGAUAUAUCGGGAGGAAACCAGUACAGGCACUCAUGUUUUUUUAGAGGAUAAAAGCACAAAUGGCACGUUCAUUAAUUCCGAGAAAGUUGGAAAAGGAAACAAACAGGUGCUCAGUAAUAAUGAUGAAAUUGCAUUGUCUUAUAAAUAUAACAAAGUUUAUCUUUAUAAUGACUUACAAAAUACAGACUUCAAUUUACCAAAAGAAGUGACAGAGAAAUACACCUUAACAAAACUUUUGGGGAAAGGUGCCUGCGGAGAAGUUAAGCUUGGAUUUUCAAAAGGAACUUGUAAUAAAUUUGCUGUAAAAAUAAUUCCCAAGAAGAAGUUUUCUUUAACUGAUAAGGUGCAGAUGACUGAUCCAUCUCGUAUAAUGUUGGAAGCCAAGAUAUUAAAAUCUGUCAAUCAUCCUUGCAUCAUUGGAGUUGAAGAAAUCAUUGAUACACCAGAGAAUCUGUUUAUUGUUCUUGAGCUCAUUGAAGGUGGUGAACUCUUUGAUAGAGUAAUUUCAACUGGACAACUCAAAGAAGAAAAUGCAAAAUUGCUUUUCUACCAAAUGGCAAAUGCAGUUAAUUAUCUCCAUGAAUUUGGAAUCACACAUCGUGAUUUGAAACCUGAAAAUAUACUUUUAUCUACAAAUGAUGAAGAUACAUUAAUAAAGGUAACUGACUUUGGUCUUUCUAAAUUCUUUGAUGCUGGGAGUAUGUUGAAGACGUUUUGUGGCACCCCUACGUAUGUUGCCCCUGAAGUUCUUUCCUCUGCUGGUCGUGGAACAUACACAAAAGCAAUUGAUUGCUGGAGUUUGGGAGUCAUUCUCUUUGUUUGCCUAGUUGGCUAUCCUCCAUUCUCAGAAGAUAGAAAAGAUAUGAAACUCCCAGAACAAAUCGUCGGUGGACAUUAUUCCUUUCCAAAACAAUACUGGGGAGACAUCUCAUGUGAGGGUAAGAAGAAGUGGAUUCAUGCCUUAUUUUCAUUCAUAGAUUCCAUUUUUCAUAAUGGUAACACUGAGGUUACCUCUCUAAGUUGGCUUUCUUGCCUCCUUCCACUUACUGUCUGUUUUCUCUCCACAUUCCUCUUCCUCUCUGUCCAGUUUAUCUCCCCCUUUCACUCUUCCUCUCUGUCCAGUUUAUCUCCCCCUUUCACUCUUUCUCUCUGUCUGGUUUUUCUUUCCCUUCUUCUCUCUCUUUCCCUUCUUCUCUCUCUUUCCCUUCUUCUCUCUCUUUCCCUUCUUCUCUCUCUUUCCCUUCUUCUCUCUCUUUCCCUUCUUCUCUCUCUUUCCCGUCUUCUCUCUCUUUCCCGUCUUUUCUCUCUUUCCCUUCUUUUCUCCCUCUCUCUCUUUCCCUUCUUUUCUCCCUCUCUCUCUUUCCCUUCUUUUCUCCCUCUCUCUCUUUCCCUUCUUUUCGCUCUCUCUCUCUCUUUCCGUUCUUUUCGCUCUCUCUCUCUCUUUCCCUUCUUUUUUUCUCUCUCUCUCUUUUUCCCUUCUUUGGCUCUCUCUCUCUCUCUUUCCCUUCUUUUUCGCUCUCUCUCUCUCUUUCCCUUCUUUUCGCUCUCUCUCUCUCUUUCCCUUCUUUUCGCUCUCUCUCUCUCUUUCCCUUCUUUUUGCUCUCUCUCUCUCUCUUUCCCUUCUUUUUGCUCUCUCUCUCUCUCUUUCCCUUCUUUUCGCUCUCUCUCUCUUUCCCUUCUUUUCGCUCUCUCUCUCUCUCUUUCCCUUCUUUUCGCUCUCUCUCUCUCUCUUUCCCUUCUUUUCGCUCUCUCUCUCUGUCUAAAAUUCUCUAUUGACCUUGUGAAAAAACUUCUGACUGUUGAUCCAUCAAAAAGAAUCACAUUGAAAGAAACAUUAGAACAUCCUUGGCUCAAAAAUGAAGAUGCUGUUAAAAAAGCUCAAAAACUCAUGUAUCCAAAUGCAAAUGGCAACUGCAGCUCAGUGUCACCCACUUCCAGAAAGCGAAAAGCAACAGAAGAAGAAGAAACUUUAAAAAAGAAAACUAAACAAUAA